UUUGGCCACUAUUGUUGAUUUCCCCUCCACUACGUCCCGCUAUCACAGUCAAAGCAAAAGGCCCGACCCGUCAAUCCUGCCGGAAGGCUCCCUCCGUUCGCCAGCGCCGAUCAAUGUUGCUUUCCAGUUUGAAGCCACCGGUGGGUUCGCUUCCGUCUAGCUACCGGUUGAAUGGGCCAAGUGGAAAUGGUUCUGUGUCGGCAAUGUUAAGGGUGAAUGGCAAGCCUUCUAAGUCAACUACUCUUCAGCUAAAAGGUGGAGAAGAGAAGUUCCAAGCACAGGAAACCCUACCUGCAGUUUUGAGAAGAGAUGCCAUGCUCUUAACUGCUGUUGGGCUUGCUCUUUCCUUGCCAAUGCCUGCUGGGGCACUUGAAAUUGAUGUUAGGAGCAUAUUUGCAGGGAUACUUGAAGCACGUAGGGAAGCGCGUAGGGCAAAGGCCAGGUUUUUAAAGCGAAAAACUGAAGUGGACAGAAAACCGAAAAAUGAGAGCAAGGCCGAGUCACCAAAUGCAAAAAUUGAAGUCGAAGGCGAAGAAAACAAAGUGAAUGUAACUGGUAAUGAUGAAAAGCUAAAGGCCAAGAGUGAUGGUGAGGCGGCAAAGAAUGAAGGUGAUGAAAAGGAGCCGAGGGGGGAUGUUCCUCUUCUUCCGCCUCUACUGCUUCCUAACCUCCUGAAUGGUACACCUCAAGUUGCUCACGCACAAUGAAAACUUACAACACGUUUGCUUCGUAGAAUAGGCUUGGAAUGGAGUAGCGUUCUUGGGAAUAGGCCUAUUCCUUUGUUUGGUAAUGAGUUUUAUUUCCAGGAACAAUGUUCCCUGGGAAUGAGCUAUUCCCCUGGCAAGGGGAAUAGCUAUUACUGGUACCCCUUGAUAUUAGUGACUACUGUUUUAUAUGCUAUUCGUUCGUGUUUGAUUGAUACUGCCAUUGUGUAGCUUGUGAUGCUGAACUGAACCUUCUAUGGUGAGCGCAUCUGAGAUUGAUCGAUCUCUAAGCUCGAUAACUGGUUUCAUCAAUGUCUCAUGUUUAGCUCAUCGCCAUUUAUGGUUUUGAA